GCGAAGAGAGCGUGUUUCGCGUUUUGGUCCGUCCGCGAAUCAUCUCGCAGGAUCGCGCCUGUUGCUGGUCCGUUGGAGAUCGUCGCGAAAUCGAUUUCGCUGUAGUUUUUAUUUUUUUUUUCGCUACAAACGGAACGGGCGGCGUUCGGUUGUUUUAGGUUCAGUGUUUGGAUUGUUAGCCAGGAACCAGCGCCUCGCGGCGGAUAUUGCGUUGUUUGUUUCGAAUUUUCGGUGACACGCGUUUAGUUCGUCGGAAUUUCCGUCGGUUUUUUUUUUCGAUUGUAAUAAACCAGUGCGCUUCGCGAACUGCUCGCUUGCUGAAGGUACGACUGGUGCAGCUGCCGUAGUCGAUAGUUGUUUGGUUAGUCCAAUCAGGACCAACCGAGCCCAAAAUAGACGGCAUUACAAUCGAUCACAAACGUGACACGACGGCACGAGAGGUGCUGUGACCGAACCGAGCGCGGGGAAAAUCGCAAAAACCAAUUUAGCAAUCAAUUGUAAUCUACGAUUAAACGGAUCGAAAAGCAAGGAAAGUGGUCGCAGUGACAAAAGGCAAGCUCGCAUUACGGCAGCCUGCUAAUCGAUUUCCCGCUGGCGUUAGUUCCGCUGUGAACCUGAAGUAGAAGAAACGGUUAGCUAAGUGAACCAGCCGGGGAAGGCAAAGUGUGUGUUUUUUUUUCAAAUUCAAAUUCUGUUUGCUGCUACCUUCGGUACGCCGAUUGAAAAAUUCACACUAAACUAGGCACUCAUCAUGGAAAACAAAGGGCAAGAACUUAGCAAAGACCAGUUGAAAGUACUGAAAGAUGCUUUCGAUGCAUUUGAUUCGGACAAAGUGGGCAGCAUUUCCACGGACGUGGUCGGUACCAUUUUGGAACUGCUGGGACACAAGCUGAACGAAGAGGAACUAGAAGAUGUGAUUGAUGAGUACGACGAGGAUGAGUCAGGCCAGCUGGAGUUCAACGAGUUCGUACAGCUGGCGUCGAACUACGUGGAACCAGAAGAGGACUACGAUGCACUGCGGAAGGAGCUUCGAGAGGUCUUCAUGAUGUAUGAUAAAGAAGCCAAAGGCUUUAUUCCAGUAGACGCAUUCAAACAAAUUCUCCGGGAGUUGGAUGGCGCCGUGCCCGAAGAAGAACUAGACGACAUUGUGGAUGAGAUCGAUGCGGACGGUUCGGGAACGGUCGAUUUUGAAGAAUUCAUGGAAGUCAUGACAGAUCGAGAUCCUGAUAAGGAUUAGAUUCGGUUUAACUGAGACUUAUAAAAGAGACAUCGAAUCACAUGACACAGGAAUGAAUAUGGUGACUGAUUGCUGUUCAUGAUUGCGCCCGGAACAAACACACAAACACUUACACACACAUUUGCAUACACAACAACACAUACACAGCGGACACGUAAAACGGACGGAGUACUUUCACUUUGAUACAGGCGAAGAGACAAACAAUAAAUAAUGUUAGGAAUAAUAGGUGUUAAAUUUUCCAAUUUCAAAGCAGCUCAUCAUCUCACAGCUUGGUGGUUCUGUCCUCCUCUGUUUCUUUACCAAACAUUAUUGCUCUUGUAUGCGUCAUGAUUUCCUGUUCUGAUAAUCAGCCGGAAGCCGCUAAACUAAGCCAGCCGAAAACAGGCACCAGAAACGUGAGAAUGAUCAAUCAGCAAGAGGAUCUUAUUUUUCGUUGUUUAGGUUAAAAUAAAUUUUCUAAUGAAUAAAAAAAACUCAAUAAAAUCAAAUGGUUACGAAGGAAAAAUA